UUGUCGAAGUGGAAAGAUGGACACAAAUAUACUCUACGUAAUCAUCGGACUUCUUUUGUUAACUUUAUUGUUUUACGCAACAGUAGAAGUCGCGUAUUUCACGAGAUUACUCAUAGGACUUUACUUGUACAAACUGUGUUACAUAAGACAAAAAUUAUCCGUCAACACGGAGGUUCACACGUUAGGAAUGUGUUUGCUGACUGACAUGGACUUCUUGUUUCACAUGAAUCACGCCAGAUACUUGCGAGAAUUCGAGUUCAGUCGCAUGAAAUAUUUAUUGGCCACGGAUCUAGUUGCCACGGCAAAUUCCCUGAACGCCGACAUAGUCAUAACAGGCAUCACCAUCAGGUACAGGCGCAGUAUACGGGUCUUCGACAUUUACAAAAUCUCCAACAAGCUGAUCUAUUGGAGCGGAAGAGACUUUUACAUAGAGCACCGACUGACAACGCGCAGAGACAACUUCGUCAGGACCUUCUGCAUCAUCAAAAUGACUCUGACCAACGGAGUGACGUUCGAGGAAGUUCUUAAGAGACUUCCGGUGAAGUCUCGCAACAUGGAACCACCGGAACCGCAUAAAGAUCUUCGAUGUUGGCUGGAAUUUAACAAAAUAUCCAGCGAAAAGUUAAAAGAAGAGCAAAAGACGGUCGAAGCGCACGAAAUUUCUGUUUGAAAUCGUCUCUAAAAUAUAACUUAGUCUUCGAAUUUAUUCGAAAAUUUCAUUGUUGCUCUUUGUUUAUUAUUAUUAUUGAUUUUAUUAAUGCUCAAUCGUAACUCGGUUUUCGGCGUGAGGUUUGUGACAUCGAUGAAGUUCUUCAUUGCCGACCAUUUAUCAAGUUGAAACUGAUCCUCGAGAUCAAUUUAAUCCUCUUUUUCAAUUCUUUGAAUUUAAUUUAAAAGAGAGUUGUUAGUUUCUUCUUAAUUAUUUAAAUUCUGUCCAACAGAAAAAUACACGUAUUUAUUGAAUAAAAAUUGCGUUUAGAACGUCAUUGUUAGAAAUUGUGAACAUGUGCGCUACGUGCAAGAGGACAGUGGACAUUUCGAUUAUAAAAAUUAUAAACUUUUUAUAACUUCCACCGUCGUUUUUAAUCAUUUUCAUCGUCUGAAGCCGAAAAUCAAUAACCUGUACGGGUGAUCCAAAAGUCAGUUUUGUUGCAGAUACAAAUACCGAGUUUAGAAGAUGCAUUUCUUUUACGAAAUUAGUACAUUUGCUUCAAGUUAAUAUAGUAAUUUAGAUUCGAUUAACUAACUUUUCGGACACUUAAGCAUGCGGCUUUUACAAUGUAAAUUAGAUUUUCUAAACUGUAGUAGGCCUACUUGUGCUAUCUGAGUGGUGUCCAAAACUCAAACUUGUAAGAUGUGUGCUUUGUUUCUAAAGAUUAAUUAAAUACAGUUCGACUAUUUACGAGUUAAUUCGAGAAUAGAAGAUAAUCUUUUUAAAAGUACUUACAUUUUAGACAUUAAAUUUGGAAAAGACCAAGUCUUCCGAGUUGUGCAAUAAUCCACAAUUCAGAUAAUUUUGUAGAAUAUGUAUCUAACAAAGGUAUCUUAUCCCAUAAAAUUGUACUGUUUCAUUGAUACGAGUAUGCAAAUUUUGUAACGCGUUAAAUGCCAACCUCUUGAAAUUUGCAUAUCGUAUUUUAUACU